AUGAAUGUGAUUUGGAGAAAUUCUGUUUCCUGUCUAAGGAUAAGAAAGGUGCCACAUAGAUACCAAAGUGGUAAUCACCCAGCGGCCCCUCUGGGAUCAAGGAUUUUAACUGACCCAGCCAAAGUUUUUGAACACAACAUGUGGGAUCACAUGCAGUGGUCAAAAGAAGAAGAAGCAGCUGCCAGAAAAAGAGUAGAGGAAAACUCAGCUGUGCGAGUCCUUCUGGAAGAACAAGUUAAGUAUGAGAAUGAAGCUAGUCAAUAUUGGGAUACAUUUUAUAAGAUUCAUAAGAAUAAGUUUUUCAAGGAUCGUAAUUGGCUGUUGAGGGAAUUUCCUGAAAUUAUUCCAGUUGAUCAAAAAACUGAAGAGAAGACACAAGAAUCAUCAUGGGAUAAUGUGAAAACUGGUGCUGCAAAUUGUUUCUCAAGAACGCACUGCCCUAUUAUGCCUGAAGAAAAAAAUCUUGGUAUGAAAAGGUGUGGUUCAUCAGAUGGUCCAAGCAAAGCAAGGUCUCAUUUUUCCAACCUAGACUCUGAAGAACACAGCGAAGGACCUCUGAAGACCAAAUUGUUUCCUGGUAGCAGUGCCACUUUCAGAAUCCUUGAGGUUGGCUGUGGUGCUGGAAAUAGUGUUUUUCCAAUUUUGAACACUUUACAGAAUGCUCCAGAGUCCUUUCUUUAUUGUUGUGAUUUUGCUUCCGGAGCUGUGGAACUAGUAAAGUUGCACUCAUCCUACAGAGCAGCUCAGUGUUGUGCCUUUGUUCAUGAUGUUUGUGAUGAAGAUUCACCGUACCCUUUUCCAGAUGGGAUCCUGGACGUCAUUCUCCUUGUCUUUGUGCUCUCUUCUAUUCAUCCUGACAGGUAA